AUGGAGCGCUCGCCGCCCGACGGGCCGCUGAACGCGUCGGGGGCGCUGGCGGGAGAGGCGGCGGGCGGGGCGCGCGGCUUCUCCGCCGCCUGGACCGCGGUGCUGGCCGCGCUCAUGGCGCUGCUCAUCGUGGCCACGGUGCUGGGCAACGCGCUGGUCAUGCUCGCCUUCGUGGCUGACUCGAGCCUCCGCACCCAGAACAACUUCUUUCUGCUCAACCUCGCCAUCUCCGACUUUCUCGUGGGAGCCUUCUGCAUCCCGCUCUACGUGCCCUAUGUGCUGACAGGCCGCUGGCCCUUUGGCCGGGGCCUCUGCAAGCUGUGGCUGGUAGUGGACUACCUGCUCUGCACCUCCUCCGUCUUCAACAUCGUGCUGAUCAGCUAUGAUCGCUUCCUGUCGGUCACUCGUGCCGUCUCCUAUCGGGCCCAGCAGGGCGACACGCGGCGGGCGGUGCAGAAAAUGGUGCUGGUGUGGGUGCUGGCCUUCCUGCUGUACGGGCCGGCCAUCCUGAGCUGGGAGUAUCUGUCCGGUGGCAGCUCCAUCCCCGAGGGCCACUGCUAUGCCGAGUUCUUCUACAACUGGUACUUCCUCAUCACGGCCUCCACCCUCGAGUUUUUCACACCCUUCCUCAGCGUCACCUUCUUUAACCUCAGCAUCUACCUGAACAUCCAGAGGCGUACCCGCGUCCGGCUGGACGGGGCCCGCGAGGCAGCCGGCCCGGAGCCCCCUCCCGAGGCCCAGCCCUCCCCACCGCCGGCGGUGCCAGGCUGCUGGGGCUGCUGGCAGAAGGGGCGUGGGGAGGCCCUGCCGCUGCACAGGUACGGGGUGGGGGUUGGCGAGGCGGCCCCUGGCGCCGAGGCUGGGGAGAUGGCCCUCGGGGGUGGCAGCGGUGGGGGUGCCGCGGCCUCGCCCACCUCCAGCUCGGGCAGCUCCUCGCGAGGCACCGAGCGGCCGCGCUCGCUCAAGAGGGGCUCCAAGCCCUCGGCGUCCUCGGUGUCGCUGGAGAAGCGCAUGAAGAUGGUGUCCCAGAGCAUCACCCAGCGCUUCCGGCUGUCGAGGGACAAGAAGGUGGCCAAGUCACUGGCCGUCAUUGUGAGCAUCUUCGGGCUCUGCUGGGCCCCGUACACACUCCUCAUGAUCAUCCGGGCCGCCUGCCAUGGCCACUGCAUCCCUGACUACUGGUACGAGACAUCCUUCUGGCUGCUAUGGGCCAACUCGGCCGUCAACCCUGUCCUCUACCCGCUGUGCCACUACAGCUUCCGCCGAGCUUUCACCAAGCUGCUCUGCCCCCAGAAGCUCAAGAUCCAGCCCCACAGCUCUCUGGAGCACUGCUGGAAGUGA